CCCUGCCUCGCUGUAUAGCCCCACCGCCCCCACUCCGCCGCUCGUUUCGUUUCCGUUUCUUUUCCUCUCCCGGCCCUCCUCCCCGUCGCGGACGCCCCCUCCCGAAUCCAGGAGCCAAAUCCAACCGAGGAUCCGCGGCGGAGGAGGCGGCGGCGGUUGUUGUCCGGCGGUCCGGCCAUGGCGCACCGGGUGGACAACGAGUACGACUACCUCUUCAAGAUCGUGCUCAUCGGCGACUCGGGCGUCGGCAAGUCCAACAUCCUCUCCCGCUUCACCCGCAACGAGUUCUGCCUCGAGUCCAAGUCCACCAUCGGCGUCGAGUUCGCCACACGCACCCUCCAGAUUGAAGGAAAGACCAUUAAAGCUCAGAUAUGGGAUACUGCUGGUCAAGAGAGGUACCGUGCAAUCACAAGUGCCUACUACAGGGGAGCUGUGGGAGCACUUUUAGUUUAUGACAUAACAAAGAAACAAACAUUUGAAAACAUCACCAGGUGGCUUCGUGAACUUCGUGACCAUGCGGACUCCAACAUUGUAAUUAUGAUGGUUGGUAACAAAUCUGAUCUUAACCACCUGAGGUCAGUGCAAGAGGAAGAUGGUCAGGCAUUAGCAGAGAAGGAAGGGCUAUCCUUUCUUGAGACAUCGGCACUGGAAGCCUUGAAUGUUGAGAAGGCAUUUCAGACUAUUCUGUCUGAUAUUCACCAGAUCAUAAGCAAGAAGGCACUUGCUGCCCAGGAAGCAGCUGGUAGUGGACCUCCGAUCCAAGGAACUACCAUCAAUGUUGCUGAUUCGUCUGGUAACACAAAGAAAGGUUGUUGUUCUACCUAGUCGCGACCAAAGAGCUGCAAAAGGAGAUUCACAUGGAUCUUACCAACACUGUAGGUGUUACUUAGGUCACUUUGACUCCUUUUGGCCUGUAAUUCUGGUGGGGUUGUAAUCACAAAUUCAUACUGCUAGAAAGAAAUUAUCCUUGGUAGAUACCAUGUGUAGUUGCAAAAUUUUGGUAGAGACCAUUGUUUGGCAGACUUACUACAGUUUCAGAGCAAUAUCAUGUUUCCUUUCGUGUAUGUCUGUCCUAAAACAUUCUAUGUUCUGAAUUACCGGAGUAAGAAGAAUCAGAUAUAUCUCCUGUA